AGGAGGUCUUAAACCAGCCCCGGGGAUAAUACCGUGCCGUGAGCAGUGGGCAACACUGGUGACGAGAACAAGAGCGAAAGAGAGAGAAAGAGAGAAAGAGAGAGAGAGGGAGAGAAAGGUACAGUAAAGUAUCGGUCCCGAAACACGACGCUCCCUGCGGUGCUGUGUGUUUGUGUGAGGGCGAACGGAACAAGGAAGCGAAGGGCGCAGCGGAAAAGGAACGGAAGAGAACGGGGCGGGUGUGGGACCAUGCUGUUGCGGAUUGCGGCAGUACACAGUGCGGUCGGAUGCAUUGGAUGGGAGCAGCAGCAGGUUCAUGCCAACGGUUGUGGUAGCAAAGCCGGCAGCCCGUUGUUCUAGUUCGUGAGCGAGUCGUGGAUGUGGUGUGCAUGGUUUGAUUUAAAGACAGCACUGCACACGGCCAACCGACAUUUUUGGCCAGUCUGCAGUGUUGUGUGUGUGAGUGAGAGAGAGAGAGAGAGAGGUAGGAACAGCAUCUCUCUCGCUCUCGGGGUCGGUUACUGGAACCCAAGAACCCCUGGCCCAAGGAGGAAUCGAACCACCAACACACAUCGACAAUGAGUGAUUCCGUCAGUGCGUGAAGUAUAGUACCGUACCCCACGACGGUGGGUGGGCGGCAGUGGUGGAGGAGGAGGAAACAAGGGUUUGUUCACCCCCCCCCCCUCUCUCUUCCCCUCGUUGUCUCGUUUGCUACAACCGCAAAAGGGGGGCAGCCGGCGGAUAGCAACACAACAACAGCAACAAAAACGCCAGAAAGAAAGAAAAAAAAAAACGGCAAAGGAAGCACGAACGCUCGCGCGCAAGGGAGGAGGGCCAACCCCGAAAGGACCGAGCACCGGAGCCCCCGAAACAAGAUGAAAAUACAGCACCAGCGGGUACGGUUUACGAGCAGCGUAUUGUACGAUCACAACUUUCACGACAUUCAACACCAGCAGCAGCAGCAGACGCGCAAGCAGACGGACGCGAGCUGCCACGACGGAGACCGCUACGAGCAGCAGCAGCAGCAGCAGCAGCAACAGGAACAGCGCCACCGUUGUUGUCGUCGUCGUCGCUGCAGCGCGUUGCAGCAGCGGCAGCAGCUGCCGGUUGCGAACCGCCGUCGCCCGGGUCCGUUCACCACCACCGCGUCCGGUGCACCAGCGAGCGGCCAUCAUUGAACGCACCGAACACACAGGCGCGCGCUCGCGAGACGCAACACAGCUGGUGCUGUGGCUGACUGAAGGGGCAAGAGCGUCUUUUCUUCCUGUGUGUGUGUGUGUGUGUGUUUUUUUUUUGUCUCAGUCUCUCUUUCUGUGUGGUCGGUGUGUCGAGCCCGCCGGAUCCGUGUCCCCUUAAAUUCCCUGCCCACGCACACGUGGUGGUGACGCUUAGUGCGAAUUGAAGGCGAGAAAAAUGACUCUGCCCGAGACAGUUUUGUUGCGCGCGGUACAAGAGCAGCAUCAGUGUAGCGACCGUGCAGGCAUCUAAUAUCCGUGAAAAGGAAGAAGCAGAAGAAGAAUAAGAAGAAGAAAAUCAAAGGGAAGCCCGUAAUCCUUGUUUUUUUUUUUGUUUGGUUAAAAGUGAACUGUUGUGUGUCGCUCUGCCGCGUGUCCUGUUGGCGGCAUCACAAGUGUGCUCUGGGGAGGGGGAAGCCUCAAGCUAGCAAAAGAAGCAGCAGGUGUGUGUUUCUGUGUGUGUGUGUGUGUGUGUGCGCAAGAGUGUGUAUGUGUUUAGCGUGCAUUUGCACCAGGUGGCAGUGUCAUAUUCGCCGACAGGCUGAGCGGCUGACGCGUGCCGCUCUCUUUGGCGUCGCGUGCGUCAUCUCCGUGUGCGCGCGUGCUGCUGGUGGUGUGCCGCGUCCCCGCCACCAGGUGUGUGCCUCUUGUUGCAUCAAUUCAACCUCUCCCAAUCAAACAGCAGCAGCAGCAGCAGCAGCAGCCGUCGUCAGCAGAGACCUCCUUUCUGUGUGUGUUUUGUGCUUGUGCCUUACCUUUAACACUGUGUGGCCUUUUCCGUCGAGCCGCAGGAGGAGGAGGAGGAGGAGGUGCCUUUAAAACCCCUCUCUACACUGCAGCAGAGGUUCAAAACAUCUGCGCCCGAUCGUGUGUGUGUGUGUGUGUGCCUUCGACAGAAGAAAAAAGGAAGAGAAGAGAAGAAAAGAAGAAGAAAAAACAGUGAGUGAAAACAGACACCCGCAAACCCGCAAACCACCGGCCGCUCUAAUCCCCGCACUGUCGCAGGGAGGAGGACCGAAGGCGUUUGUUCUCUACUCGAUCAACCUGAAAAAGAGAAGAAAAAAAAAUUCUACUCCAAUAACUCAAUCGACCGAAGCAGCAGCAGCAAAAAAACACGGUGGCACGCUUGCCUCCUGCCACAUCAAUCAACAGGUGCAGCGUGUGUGUGUGUGUGUGGUGCUUCCUUGCGCACAAAAAAAAACACAGACACACGCGCUUACGGCAGGAGGAUCUAAUAUUGCGAGACGUUAGACAUUCCGAACCAGCAACAGUCGUCGCCUUUACACGUUCGAGCGAGAUACUUUCCAGCCGUGUUGGCGGCAGCGUGUGCAACGACACCACUCUCCUCGUCGUCGUGACCGCGAAGGGCGGCCACAUUCGUUCACAAUCUUCUAAACUACAGUACGAAAGCAAAGGAGUAAUAAAAAAAAAACAAAGAAGAACCAACCAGCAGAACGCGGCAGUGAAGGACGAAUCAGAAGGAGCGGCGCAGCAGGACAAGGAGCGAGCGAAAGAAGGGGCGGCUAAACCCAUCAACCUUAACCCACCCCCGCGUGCAUGAUAUACCGGCGGCAGCAACACACUUGGGAGCAAUGAAAUCAAGUGCAGUAAAAUUUUGUGCUAUACUACUAAUUAUGCUGUCAUCAGUUGUGGUUCACACAGACUGCUGUUCUAGCAGAUCGAUGCCAAAAUCAAGACCUCGGCCAGUGUCACACUUUCGCGGUGUGAUGACGUCCGCCACCACCACCUUCACGGUGAUCCGGCCGGACGCGACCUCCUCGUCGAACAACCGGGAACCGCCGGACACGGCGUCGACGGGGAUGGACUCGCGUCUUACCGGCAGCGGUGGCGGACCGGGCACUGGCGGCCUCGGCCGUGGUAUCAGCACAAACGGCGGUAAAGCGAACGACCACCAGCAGCAGCAGCAGCAGCAGCGAAACGGCGACGGCACGGUGAUAGAACCGCCGACCGGCCGCCGGGACGACCCGAGCGGGCGGGGCAACGAGAAGGACCAGCUGCUGAUGCGCAUGGGCAAAUGCUCGCAGCUGUUCGAGGAGAACUACUGCCUGAACGGUGGCAAAUGCUACAACUUCACGAUCGCCAACUCGACCAUGCCGACGUGCGAGUGCGCGGACGGCUUCAUGGGUGAACGAUGUGAGUCAAAGUACCUGGAUGGGACCUACCUGAGCAUGCGCAAGCCGAAGAUACACAUCGAAACGGCGAGCAUGUAUUACGGGGCAUUUCUUGCCAUGAUGGUAGUGCUGGCUGUGUUCUACUAUCUGCACUGGCUCAACCAUUGCCGCUAGCGCACGGCGACCGUGCUGGAGGUGGCCGGGUGGGGUCCCCACGGCACUCACCUUCCCCUCCUCCCCCGGUCCCCGGUGCGGCGGACCGCGCGCACGCACGCCCUCCCUGACAGCGGAGCGCGUGCCGGCCAAUGGUACCUACGGAGCCUAACCUCGUAAUUGGUAUGUCCCAUCCUACCCCGAAAAUACGAUAAAACGCAGAUUGCGAUCAGAGAGCUAGAUCGUGUGUGUGUGUGUGCGUGUGUGCGUGUGUGCGUGUGGGGAAGGCGUGGGCGUUUGAAACCCGUCCACGGACCGGUUUACCUUCAACCUCCAACCCACAGACACUCAUACACACACACGGUCGAAACACAGCGUGGCAGUUACAUACAUUUGCACGGAUUGAUAAUCCGACGACAAAGCAAAACACAACCAGAAGAAGAAGAAAAAAAUGCAACACUUAAGUCGACUUUAAGGAGAUGGAGCAGGCGACGAACCCCUAAAUCCCUUCCAGCCUCUACACUUACUUUGCUUUGCUUGGCAAGGGGCUUUACCCUACACCACUUCUCGCCACCCAAGCCCCUCGCUUCAUUGUGCGGCUGCACGUGCGUAUCAGGAAUGGGUUCGAAUUGAGCGACGGAAGCUGUGCAAAUCAAAUGAAAAGGAGCGGAGAAUGGGGAAAAGCGACAGCGAUAAGGAUGUUCCCAACUCUUCCGGCAGGCGUGUGCUGCUGGGUGGCGGCGUGAUUGGCGAGAAAUGUACGGUGUGCGCAGCAUCGUGGCGCUUGAACGCCUUGAACGGGAUCUGAUUUAGAUUUAACGCUAAUAUAUACAUAUAUACAUAUAUAUAUAUAUAUAUACAUAUAUACAUAUACAACACUUUUAAGCUAAGGUUAGUGUAAAUAUGCCGUCGCUCCUCUCCCUUCGGUCACCCUUCCCUGUGGGGGGGUGAUUUGGGAAGGGGGCCUCCGCAACACGGGCGACAACGCGAAACAAUUGUGUAACAUAUUCGAAUGAGAAUUUAGCUAUUGUAUAAGUAGGCAAGAACUGUGCGUGUGUGUGUGUGUGUGUGUGCGACACGUGAUGAACAUUCCAUUUGUUCAUUUACAUACACACACACACAUACUUUAUGACGAAUCUGUAAUACGAACCCAUAAGCAACGCAAAAUUACACGAAAACUCGGAACGAAAGUGUGCAAAAAAUGAAGAAACAACAGCGUUCCUGCCAAAAAUCGAACCCGAAGGUAGGGAGGGGGGCAGGAAAAUAAAACCUCCUCAACCCGCUCGAGGCAGGAAACAACAAAAUACAGAAUGAUUCUACAUCCAACAUACAAACACUCUCAUCGAUCACACACAACACAACAUUUUCGAGCAGUAUUUAUUCGCGUGCAGAGAGAGAGAUAGAGAGAGAGAGAGAAAGAGAAAGAGAGAAGAAGGAGGGAGAGAGAGAGAGACAGAAAGAAGUUUAAAAAAAAGUAACAAGACUAAAUAUUGGCUGUGUUUAUAGGACCGGGUGGGGGAUGGGCGCCUCGAGCUCGUUUUUCUCUCUUGCUCGGUGUGCGUGGCUUGGCCCGGAGGUUUCCUUCUGCAUCUCGCUUCCGUUUUAAGUGUGCCCAAGUUUUAGCCUAGCUGGCAGACACUAGACGAGUGGCCUUUUUUUUUUUUUUGAAACAAUUUCUGCUCUUCUCGUUUUUUUUCUUUGGCACGGAAUUUUUGAAGCAAAUUUUUCAAAUCAAACAACUCCUCCUAAAGCUGCAAGGUGGCAAGCCACAAUUCCCCACUCCUUUUGUCUUAUCAUUCAUCACAUACACUCACACACACACACACACUCACAAGCUUGCCGGCUAUCGAAACCGAGUGCCUCUAACGAAAUAAAUAUAGCAGUGCCUCUACUAAAAAAAACGGAUACAUUCUGCAACACAAUGAUCAGCAAACACAGCGGUUGCUCUCUUUUUGUUUGUUUGGUUUUUUUUUUUGUUUUUCGAUAACAACAGCGCUUAGGAACAUGUAGGAAUGUUGUGGAAUGCAUUGAAAAAUUGAUACUAGCUAGAAUGAUUCGAACACGCUGCAAAAACAAACAAACACAGGGCAACCAGGUGCUAAUUCCAAUGUCUUCGAGCGCCCUUUCAAGUGGUCUUUCGUUCUCUUCUUGCUUGCUUUUUAUUUAAAAAAAAUAAUAAAUAAAUAAAUAAUAAUUAUCCAAUUAGAUUCCAAUUACAAAGAAAAACGAACGUGGCGGUGCAUUAUGCUGUCGAGGCGUUCGCUUCCACCCUUCGUCCCGCAAGCGAAGGAAACAGUCUCUUGCUAGACAUAAAAAAAACCUACACACCCACACCUUGCAAAAAGUGGAGAAGAUCGUGAGUAAGUGUGUUGUGCGCUUGCAAAUAGGGCUGGUUUUGUUUUCGUGCGUGCCCCCGAGGAAGCGCCCCUCCUGGCUUUCCUGAUUAGAGUACGUUUUAGUACUUGCGCCACACGGUAUGCUGCUCUCUAAGCUCUGGGGGAGGCAACAACUCCACUUUGCUCUCUCUCUCUCUCUCUCUCUCUCUCUCUCUUGCUGGCUGCAGCAAAGCGUCCGGCAAAGUUUUUUUUUGUUUUUGUUUUAAGCAAGGCCUUAUUUAAAAAAAACGACAAUGCAACCGCCUUUGCUGUGCCUUAUCUUGCAGAAAGAAAAGCACCUUAAUUCGAACACACACACUACACAGAGACACAAAACCAUUCCAGCGCAGCACUGCAUGACAAUCGACAGGUGUGUGUGACAGAUGGGAUUAGAAGGAGGCGGCCCACACUUUGGAAGUGUCCGAUCAUAGGACGGAAAGAGGCGGCGUCCUUUUGAAGAAAAAAAAAAACAUUGCGCUUUUACUAGCUAAGCGGGCGAACGGGAAUUUUGCAAAUGAAUUGCCUUGCCGCACACGAAAGCGAAACAGAAAAGCAAAUGGCAUCAUCACACAUUUGGAAAGCGACCGAAACGCGGCCGCAAAGGGAGGAAAUGUAUGAUACAAGCAUCAGUAUUAUUUAAAAAAAACACACACAAUAUACAAUCGUAACGAAAUGUAGCCGGGCGGGCGUAAACUAUAACGAAAUACUAUACACUUAUAUAUAUAAA